UGCAAGAAAAUGCAAUUCCAAGCAAACAACAACUAAAGACGAAUUCAGUCUUUGUCAUAAAAUGGCAAUCUUAGUGUUUGUUAUGCUUUCUGCCUUGGCAAUAUUAUCAGCCAUGGAAGGCAGCUCCGCCGUCGAGUACAGCGUCACUAACACCGCUGCCAACACUCCCCUUGGUGCCCGGUUCGACACCGACAUCGGCGCCCAGUACACCCGCGAAGCCAUGAACGCAGCCACGACCUUCAUAUGGGGGAUCUUCCAGCAGAACAACCCCUCCGACAGGAAAAGCGUUGAGAGAGUUAGCCUGUUCAUUGAUGACAUGGAUGGUGUUGCCUAUGCUAGCAAUAACGAAAUCCAUGUCAGUGCCAGGUACAUUCAAGGUUACACCGGCGACGUGAAAACGGAGUUCACCGGAGUCCUGUACCACGAAAUGACGCACAUCUGGCAGUGGAACGGCAACGGGCAAACGCCGGGGGGCCUGAUUGAGGGAAUAGCAGACUUUGUUCGGUUGAAGGCAGGCUACGCGCCGAGCCACUGGGUGAAGGCAGGGCAGGGAGACCGGUGGGAUCAAGGCUACGACGUAACAGCCAGGUUCCUGGAUUACUGCGACGGGCUGAGGAGUGGGACAUUCGUGGCUGAGCUCAACAAGAAGAUGAGGGACGGGUAUAGCGACGGGUUCUUCCAAGAGUUGCUUGGGAAGUCCGUGAACGAACUGUGGACGGAUUACAAAGCUAAAUAUAGCAAUUAAAUAAAUAUUUGUGUAAAUUAAAAAAUUAAAAUAAAAGGAUGAAUAAUAACACUAUGCUCAUAAAUUACUCUUUUAAGUAAUCCUCUAUUUCAUUUUUCUAUUUAA